AAACGUUUUAUCCGUUCGUUAUUUUCAAGCUUACAAUCGCUUCGACAACGUCCGAGUUUUACAGCUGUUGUUAAUGUUUAUUCAUUUUAAUGAUUAUUAUUUGCUGUAACGUUCUCAUUUCCUUGUAAAACACUAGUUUCAUAUUCGAAAAUAACCCAAUAGCUUUUAAACCUAAUCACAAUGGAAGUUAAGACCAGGAGGGCCCGUCUUAUUCAUCAUGUCGAUGAGAAUGCACAAGUUUUUAGAGGUAAAACCAUCUCUUCACGGCCGAAAGAACUAGGAAUGACAGUGCGCGGAGUUUUAGGCGAAGUAAAUGCUAACUCUGAAGUGCACCGUGAGUUUUCUGGAAAAGUGGCCCUCUCUUCGAAUCAAAUUGAUAAGAAGAUUCAAAAACCUGUUUUACGAAGAAAUUAUUGCCAUGUUCAAUCAAAAAUUGACACUGGGCUGUCUGCAAAGUCCAUUCAAGUUUCAGCAAGACCACCUCUUCGACGGGAGGAGAGUACAGCAGGGUUUGCGACUAGGGCCGCUCUACUGACCAGGGCAGCAGCUAAAGAACUUGUUAAAAAGGAUUGUGAAGGUAAAGAGAAUGUUCUUCAAGGAAAGGUUUUGUCUAAAGAAAUAAAAAAACCUGUUAAACUUAUUGCUACAAAAGAAUCAAAAGACAAAAAGCCUGUUAAGGACACAGCUGAAUCAUUCAGAAAACUGAAAAUUGGUGAAUCUUUAAUUGCAAGUACAAGGUUUGAAGAACACUCAUACAAUUUACCUGAUGACAUUGAAGAUAUAGAUGCUGGUGAUAAUAAUCCAAUGUUAAUGUCGAUUUACAUUAAGGAUAUCUACAGAUACCUGACUCACCUUGAGGAGAUAUACCCAAUUGAGGAGAACUAUUUAAAAAAUCAGAGUAUUAUAACUGGGAACAUGAGGGCAACACUCAUAGACUGGCUAGUGGAGCUUCAAAAUCAGUUCUCUUUGUUAGUGGAGACUUUCCAGUUGGCAGUUGGAAUUAUUGAUCGUUAUUUACAGGCAGUAUCAAAUGUCCCAAAGGAGAAACUUCAACUUAUUGGUGUGACAGCCAUGUUCAUUGCAAGUAAAUAUGAGGAAAUUUAUGCCCCAAGCAUUGAAGAUUUUGCUUACAUCACUGACAAUACAUAUACCAAAAACGACAUUAUCAAAUGUGAAAAACAAAUUAUGAUCAAACUAGAAUUCUGUUUAGCCCGGCCAAUUCCUAUCAGCUUCUUAAGACGGUUUGUAAAAGCUGCACAUGGCACAUCAAAGAAUCACCACUUGGCUAAAUACUUAGUGGAUCUUUGUUUAGUCGAGUAUUCAAUGGCGCAUUACAGACCUUCCGAGCUGGCAGCUGCAGCCAUCUGCCUUUCCUUGCACCUGCUUUCAAGUGCACCACUUGAAGAGGUUUGGUCACCUACAUUAUCAUACUACUCUGGCUACUCAUUCUCACAUAUUGAACCUAUUAUCAGGAAAAUAUCUAAAAUUGUGUUUAAUAUAGAUAAGUCGAAAUUCCAAGCCGUUUAUCAGAAAUACACUAGUGCCAGUCUAGCAAAAGUGUCGACUCUUCCUCAAAUUAAGGGAACUGCUAUAUAUGAUUUGAUAAGGAGUAGUUAAUUUUAGAUUAUUUUAUAAGUGUGGUUGACUGAGUUUUGUAAACGUUUUAGGUGUUUGUUAGGAUUAUUUUUAACUUUAGAGAUUUGUGAUUAAUGAAUUUUGACAUGAAUAUAUAUUUAUUUGCAUGUAAAGUAUAUAAAAUAAAUUAUAAGUAACGACAGUGUCGAAAUUUAUUAUAGAAAAAUAAUUUUUACGAUACCCAAUGCUAGAAAUUUGAGUGGAAUGUAUGUAAUGUACUAUAAUAUUUUGUGUUGAUUUAAAAAUGUUCUUGAAACAAUUUGACUUGUUAUAUAAAAUUGAUAAUAUGAAAAACUUAAUGUUUUUACAUCCAGUUAUUGUAAGGCAUCUGACUGUACCUUUUUACUUUAAUUAUUACUGUAUGUAUUAUAAAUGCAACUAAACAAAAUUGCAUUAUAUCCUAUAUUAUAUUUUAACAAUAUUCGGCCAUUUUUAAGAAAAUUUAUUGAAUAUUUGAGUCUUUACUUUGAAUGCCAGUUUUCUUGCUCAUUUUUUUCUUAUAUCUUAAAAAUUUACAUAUUUUAAUUUACUUGUGUCAUUAUUAGUGGAGCGCAUUCUUACUACAUUUAUACGUCAUCUAUGGCUUAAUUUAAAAUAUUUGUAGUUUUGUUAAUUAAAUGUUUUAUAAUAAA